GCUCUCCUCCACCACACAAUCCAGUUCAGUACCGUCACCUACUGUGUGGGAGCUUCAGUUAUUUUUCUAAACAAAACUACAUUUCCCAUCAGCCCUUGCCUCCAAAUGUACGCCCAGCGUAUGACGUUUGAGGAUGCGGCUGUGUAGUAGUAGAAGCAGCAGCAGCGUGCCGGCGCGACAUAGUGACACAGUGCAGUUCAUGCUGUAAAAUCAGUGACUUCAUCAACUGAAGGAAAAGUUUGUCAUUUCCAUCACUUUACAGUGUCUGAGAUGUCUCUGAAGAACAGAAACAUAUUCCCUCAGAUUGCUUUAAGGCCUGAAGUGGAGGAGUAUCUUCACAAUGUGUACACUAAUGAAGAGCUGCUGGCUGAUCUGGGGAAGGAUGAAGCUGAACGGGUGUUCCAGUCUUUGCUCUCCUGUUUGUCUCACCCACCUUCACACACCUGCCUGAGAGCCAGCACACACAUCCACAGCCUACAGGACAUUCAGCAAAGACUGGAGCAGCACCUCACCCAGCAAGUGAGUGGUUGUCAUGGUGACAGCAUUCCUACUCACAUCCUUCAUCACCCACUGCUUCCAGAUGUGCUGCUGCUUCCGGUCAGCGGCCCUAGGGAUGUGGGUGUGUUGAAGUCUGAAGUGAUUGUUGGUGCUCAGUGUGGCAGCGCUGUGUUAAGAGGUGCUCAUGUUUUUGCUCCUGGUGUUCUCAGUGCACCUAAAUUUAUGAGGGCAGGUGAUGCAGUAUCGGUUUUCUCUGAUGUGGAGGGGAAGUGCACACGAGGAGCUAAAGAAUUCCAGGGGAAGAAAGUGUUUCUGGGUAAUGGAGUCUGCACAAUGGACCGCUCUGAUAUAUUUUGUGCAGAGGGACCAAUAAGGGGCGUGGCUGUUAGAAUGGUGGAUGCCCUCUACCAAAGUCCUUCCUUUGAUGGUGUACUUCCAAAUGAAUUGUUUCUGCAGAACCUGCCGUCCGUAGUGGUGGGGCAUGUACUGGGCCCUCGUCCUGGUGAGCGGAUUCUGGACAUGUGUGCAGCUCCAGGAGGAAAGACCACACACAUAGCAGCUCUGAUGAGGAAUAAAGGACGAGUGGUGGCUUUAGAGAAGAUCAAAUCCAAAGUUGGGAAGAUCAUUCAGAAUGCUCAGCUUCUGCAGCUAGACUGCAUUAAAGCUUACUGUUACAACAGCAUACAGGCUGUGAGCUCAGAUCCAACCCAGCAGUGUGAUACAGACGUUCCUCCGUUCCAAGAAGAGAGUUUUGACAGGAUAUUGUUAGACGCUCCCUGCAGUGGUUUGGGGCAGAGACCCAAUAUGGCCAUCAACUGGAGUCUCAAAGAAGUGUGUUCAUAUUCACCUCUACAGAGAAAACUCUUCACUACGGCUGUGCAUCUCUUAAAGAAGGGAGGUGUGUUAGUGUACAGUACCUGUACUGUGACGCUGGCUGAGAAUGAAGAACAGGUGGCCUGGGCUCUGAAAACAUUUCCAUGUUUAACCCUGGAACCACAGGAGCCUCAUCUAGGUUCCCCAGGCAUGCUUGGAGCUGCUCUGUCACAUGACCAACGGCAGCUGCUGCAAAGGUUCCGCCCAGAAUUGGCAUGGGGCGGAGCCAGUGAUGAACCCUCCCCAGAGAAGCUCUUGCUGAAGGCCAGCACGGAUACUAUCGGCUUCUUCAUAGCGAAGUUCAGCAAGAGGUAACGAACAGUAAAAACACUUGCUUGGUCCCGCCCCUUUAAAUACACGCUACACUGGCUUGUGGCCACAAGCCUGGAAAUUAAGUGGAGCACCUGAAGAGAGAUGUGAGGAGAGGAAGAAGAGGGAGGGGUCAAGGAUGAAGAGAUGAAGAGCGAGCGUGAAUGGAUGGACGGAUGGAUGGCAUGAAUGGGAGGAAAAGGCAGCAGGGGAAAGUGAAGGAGGCGCCAUGUGCACGUCUGCUUCUGUUGCCAUGACAACAGUGACAUCACAGCUGCUAUGGUGACGGUGGAGUUUGCGUGCCCAUUGGACUGUGAGCAGGAAGCGGCGUGCAGGCAAAGAGGACAAGACGUUAUCAACACACACCCAAACACACACACUCUCUCUCAAUGAAUUACAAACGGAUAUAUUUCAUUUACAAGUCUAUGUAAUAGAUAUACGUAUUGAGUCACACAGUCAAUCAGAGUUUUUUUUUUAUCUUUCUACACUUCAUACUUCAAUUUCUGUUAUAAUUCUGGAUUGUUUACUCUUGUUAUGACGGUGCUAUUUACACAAUAGUAAGUUUAUUUAUUGUGAUAUCAAGUGAAUUUGCCAAAAAGAUGCAUUUUUAUUACCAAAAAUAAAUAAAUAAAUAAAAAAAAGCUGGAACCCUGAGAGAGCACAAUUGGACUUCCUCUCUCUAGGUGGGUAGACUGCGCUCUCUCUCCCCACAUCACUCCAAAGGGUGAUGUUGUUCAGCACAAGGCGUCUGUGAGCUGAUGUAUCGGAACCUGUCGCCUUCUUCACCAACAACGAAAAACGUCAUGUUUGAGAGACGACUCGUAGCUUUAUAAAGGGAAAUGGAUGUGUUGGCAGCUCAUAUGUGGAGCAUCUUUUGCUGGAGUGGAGAGUAAACAGUUCAUGCUCAGGUCGAGGAGGUGAAAAAAGGCCAGGCUGUUUGCUUUUGCUGUUUUCGCAGCUAUAGCUGCACAGCUGCACCAAGAGAUGUGUGGGAAUGAGAGAGAAGCACGUAGCGCAUGUGUAAAAGCAAAAAGACGCAUGAAUAUUGAUUUGACCGUUCACAUUCAUGACGCAUGUUCAUGGAUCGGACAUGUAUGCGAUUUAGGACCACAUAUGAAAGUGGCUCAGAACUGAUUUGAAAAAAAAUCUGAUUUGGCAUGUUCACACAGCCAUGAAAAAAAUCUGAUCUGAGCCACUUCACCCUUGUCUCACAAACCAGUGAUAAACAGAUCUGUCAAUAUAUUGAGUGCUUCAUGAAGGUUGAACAAGUCCAUUCAGCUGAUUGACAGGUUGUGAGGAAUUGUGUUUUACUGUGUUUAUAUGUACAGUAGUUAAGAGUGUCAGGUUUUGAUGAGUUUGGAUGAAGGUCAUUGCAGGGAGUUCGACAGCAGUGGGGAAGACUGAUUUGAGAAAACAGGCUCUGUGUGUGUGUGUGUGUGUGUUUGUAUAGACACGGGGGUGGAGGAAAGCAUCUUGCUGCCAAAUUUAGUCUCCUCAGAGCUCCGCUGUUGUCAUCCGCGUCGAUAUGACGACUAACGUGGGGGCGGGUCUCUCCACCUGGGACCUUCUGAGAUGUUUUUGAGGAGUCUAUUUAUACUCCAGCAGCCGCUCCAUUUCUCAUGCUUCCAGUUGCUCUGUUUAUUGCUGUCUGCUUCCCUCUCGCUCUCAUACAUACUCUCACACUCACGCACUCACAUGCUCUUACACAUCUUAUACUACGACAUGUGCGACCCUUCAGCAGAGAUAAAGCAAAGAUAGAGCGCUUCCUACAAUGGUGUCCUUUUUUUUAAGUAAAUGUAACUUUGCUUUUACGUUUCAUAGAGAUUUUUGACAGCAGUUAAUGAAACACUAUUAACGUUAGAUAACCCAAACCCUCCAGUCUGUUAGCAGAACAAGAGUUUAUCCAAAAGUCGUUUUUUUUUAUUGCAGUAUAUUGUCAUUGUAGCGACUUAUUGACUACAAUCAUCACCGAACUCGUGUGUAAAGCUGCGGUUGUGUCGAAUUCAGCACCCCCGCCAGGAAAAGCACCCCCUCUCUGGAGCACACAUCCAUGUCUUCUUGGCUUUAACUUUACUUAGAAAAUAGAAAAAAAUACCCAAGAUACCGUUCUAAGCUAUUCUGACUCGUAAGAAAUAAGGAAAUGAAAAGUAUUGUCACCUGCAGUGUCUCCUAAAGGAGGGGGUGCUUUUCCUGCCGGGGGUGCCAAAUUCAGCACCAUAGUAGUGCCUAAAUCUGCAACCCUGCCAUGAAAAGCACCCCCACUCUGCAGAGCGUGUGCACCGUCUUCUUGAUAGUAGCAGAGAUAAUUGCUUUCGUUAACUUUAAUUAGAAACACGGUUCCGAGAUUUCAAAAUAAAAGUUUUUUUUAAAAACAA